UGUUAUUGCCAUUGUCAUAUUCAAAGUAAAACUUUGCACCAUAUCUUAAAAAAAUGGUAACCAUUAUUGCUUCUCACACCGUGAUUCCAGAAGAUGCAACUCCACAAGGUUGUUUAUGGCUUUCUGAUAUAGACCAAGUGGUAAAGCUCCGCCACACACAAACCAUUUAUAUUUACAAAUCAAAACAAAACACAGAUAAAGCCAUAGAAACCCUAAAGAAUUCACUCAGCAAAAUCCUAGUUUACUACUAUCCUGUAGCUGGUCGUUAUUGUUACAAAGAAGGUGGUAGAAUAGAGUUGAAUCUCAAUGCAAAAGGUGCUAUUUUGCUUGAAGCUGAAACCACAAAAACAAUUCAUGAUUAUGGUGAUUUUUCACCUUCUGAUUCAACCAUGGAGCUUGUUCCAAUAAUAGAUUACAAUCAACCAGUGGAAGAUAUUCCAUUGUUUGUGGUUCAACUCACAAGAUUUCAAAACAAAGAUGAAGGUCUUGCAAUUGGUAUUGCUUAUUCUCACCCUUUAUCAGAUGGACUUGGAGCCAUUAGACUCAUCAACUCAUGGGCCAAAAUAGCAAGAGGAGAAACCCUUGAGGUAAAUGAGUUACCCUUUUUAGAUAGAACAAUACUCAAAUUCUCACACACGCCAUUGGUACGGUUUGAACACAAGGAGUUGAAGCCACUACCACUCAUUCUAGGAAGAAAAGACACAAGUGAAGAAAAAAAGAAGAAAACUUCAGCAACAUUGUUGCGACUUUCGCCGGAACAAGUUGAUAAGUUGAAGAAAAAAGCAAAUGAAAAUGACAUUCUUGCAAUCAAGAAUAAAGGGUCAAGGCCAUUUAGUAGAUACGAAGCAAUUAGUGCACAUAUAUGGAAAUGUGCUUCUAGGGCACGUGAGCUUGAAGAGAAUCAAGAAAGUGUAGUUAGAUUCAAUGCUGAUAUUAGAACAAGAUUGGUUCCACCUCUUCCAAAGAACUAUUUUGGGAAUGCUUUGACACAAACAGCAGCAAUAGGGUAUGUUGGAGAAAUCACAUCAAAGCCUUUAGGUUAUGUUGCACAAAUGAUAAGGGAAGCAACUGAGUUAGUAAGUGAUGAGUUUAUAAGGUCACAAAUUGAUGUUAUUAGGGGUUUUGAACAUUUGGAUGAUGCAAGGAAAUUGUUUAUGGGUGGUGUAGGAGAAAAUAUUCCAUAUUUUGGAAAUCCAAAUUUUAAUUUUACUAGUUGGAUGAGUAUGCCUAUUUACGAAGCUGAUUUUGGAUGGGGGAAGCCUGUUUAUUUUGGAUUAGCUUUUGUGUCUCCACAUGAUAGGGCAGUGAUUCUUCAUAGUCCUGAUGGAGAUGGAUCUGUUCUUGUGUGUUUGCAUUUUCAGAUUGCACUUUUAGAGCUUUUUAAGAAGUUCUUCUAUGGGGAUAUAUGAGGUGUCUUUGUUAUGUACUACCAUUUAUCAAAUCAUUUUGUGCAAGUUUGGUGUAAAGAUAAUAAAAUCACGAUGACUCGCUGUGAUUAUGUGAAACACCCAGAGAUGAUGUUACUUUUUUUUUGAAGGAAAAGUUGUUCAGAGAAUUAAAGAAGAGAGAGUUAGUGAAGAGAGAAAGAGAAGAGAAGUAUCAUAUUUCUCCUGUUUGAAUAGCAAAGAAUUUGUGAGGAGAGAAUAAAAACAGAUGGACCCUACCACAUUUUUACUUCUUCUCAAUCAUGCGAAGAAAAUGAGAGAAAGUGAAGUGGAGAGAGCAAUUUACGGUCAUGUCCACCCCAAUUUCACAUUGGGGGUACUGUAAUUCACAUGUACGUACUUAUGCUAGACAUUUUACAAGUUACAACGCAUACUAAUUUUAUUUAAAAAAAAAAAAAAAACAUGG